AGCACCGCAGUGUUUUGGUAGACAGCGGGGAGAGAGGUUAGUGAAAGUGACGUGCUCGGUCGUUUACACUUGUGAGCUGGUAAUUACACUCAGUCUGUGAUAUUUCAUUUCCUCGCCAUGCCGGAUAAGGACGAUAGAGUGAAUUCUCAGGUUAGGUACAGUAGUAGAGAAGAAAUCGCGACUGACGAGGAGCACAGACCUCUGAUAUCUAUCGGUGCAGAGAGUAAGCCUUGCAACGGCGUGAGAGGCCUGGGCAAACUUGGUGACCCAACUUCUGAGCAUGACCUCGAUAAUGACCUAGACAGUGCAAUUCCGUUACUGCCGCUGGAGGCGGAGGCGGAGAAAGCGGAGGUGUUUCCACCCACCGUCAUAAAGAUCCAUGGGCACGUGGACAGCAGUGGUGCGAACGGCUGCAGGCCUAAAACAAAUUUAGUGGAACCCCCUUGCUCGAGGCUGUGGCCCAGUGACGGAAGUGUAGUGAAUGGCAUGGGUGUGCAGGCAGUGAACCAGCAGCACCCCGGGAGGCACAGCAACGGCACGCCCUUGGUAUAUGUGACAGAUCGCGUUGGCACCACGUACUCGGCCGUGCCCACCGUGGCAGUGGCGCCCCUGUACAGCCAAGCCCCGACGUGCCCCGUGAAGGGCGCGCACGGCUCGAGGAUGGGCGUGCGGCUGCAGGGGACGCAUCACGUGUUCACCAUCGUACCCGUGGGAAGCGGGGAGCUGUUGGCCGAGCAGCAACAGCAGGAAGGAAAGACCGAGCUGAAGGCGCCUCCCCCCCAGGCCGCCGUCAGCAGCACUUCCCCGGCGCCGCGGCACUCAGCGUGCGUCGCGACCUCCAGCGUCCCUUCGCCCAUGCAGCGCCAGGCACUAUGCACCGCCACGGCCGCUCCCAUGCGCAAGAUCUCUGCCCCCAGCAUGAGGGCGGCGCCCGUCAUCCCCAUGAGCAUGAUGGCAACCCUCCCCACGGGCCUGGACCCCCCGCUUAACAAUUACCGCACUCUAAUGGCGCCCCCCAACAUGGCUGUCAACUACAACCCGUACCACACCAUCACGGGCAUGGUGCCCUCCACGUACCCGGGCCGCGAGUACGGCGUUGGCGGGGGCGUGUCAUUCCUGCCGCAGCGGGAGUACGGCGUGGGAAGCUCGCCCUUUUACCAGCGGGGCGAAUACGGGGUGGGGGGAGGCGUCCCUCCGUCCUUGGGACAGGUUAUGGCACAGCGGGGUCCUCACGGCGUGCCGCCUUCGCUGGCACCUGUGGUGGCACCGCGCGGCCCCGUCACCAGCAGUCUCCAUGGCGCUGGGGCCGUGCCUUCUCCUCCCAGGGGCAUGCAACGUGUGGCUACCAUGCCCUGCUCCUCCAGGCCCAUGGCGUACCACAUGAGCAGCCGACCUCUAAGUCCCCAGGGGGGUUGGGUGGGCCCAGUCCCCCUCCAGCCCCCCACAUCUGAACAGCUGACCGUUCACUCCGUCAAUCAGAUGACGGUUCAAUCAGCUGGUGGACUUAGCAUCGACGUUGGCAGCACUGACGGCCGUAACGUGACUGUGCGUGGCGCACUGACCUCGCCCGACCAGCUGCCUUACCUGCCAGCUGUAUUCAGGCAUGGACACCACGAGGACAAUGACGGCAUGUACGACGGCGCGGAGGCGAGGCAGACGUGGGCCAACAAGGCGCAGUUCGUGCUGGCGUGCAUCGGGUACGCCGUCGGGCUGGGCAACCUGUGGCGGUUCCCCUACUUGUGCUACAAGAGCGGUGGAGGUGCAUUUCUCAUACCAUACUUCCUGAUGCUGUUCCUGUGCGGCAUCCCCCUGCUGCUGAUGGAGCUGACACUGGGCCAGUACACACGGAGAGGGCCAAUUGGUGCCUUAGAGAAGAUAUGCCCCCUUUUUAAAGGUGCUGGUGUGGGAACUGUGAUAAUGUCCUUCUUGCUUGGAACCUACUACAAUGUCAUCAUUGCAUGGGCCAUCUUUUAUCUCUUUCAGUCAUUUACUAUAGAUUUACCCUGGCGAAAUUGCAAUACAACUUGGGCAGUUACUUGCUUUGAUGAUUACGGUGUUAAUAUUACUGCCCCGAACGGUACCAAGUCUCCUACUGAAGAAUUUUUUGAUGAAGUAGUCCUUGAGAAGAGUGCAGGCAUAGAGGAGAUGGGGACAAUGAGGCAGGAGCUGGUGCUGGCGCUGCUGGGGGCCUGGGCGCUCGUGUACUUCUCGCUCUGGAAGUCUGUGAAGUCUUCCGGCAAAGUGGUGUAUGUGACUGCAACCUUGCCUUACCUACUAAUCGGGGCAUUCCUAUGGAGAGCAUUGACGCUGCCAGGAGCUAGUACAGGACUCCGGUUUUUUUUCAGUCCUCGCUGGGAACUCCUAGGAAAGGCUGAGGUGUGGGUCAAUGCAGCUGCCCAAAAUUUCAACAGUAUUGGUAUUGCCUUUGGAUCGCUGAUUGCCUUCUCUUCGUACAACAAGUUCAACAACAAUAUCGUCUUAGACACCUGGGCCAUCAGUCUCACAAACUCAUUUACAUCACUUCUUUCUGGGAUGAUUGUUUUCUCAACGCUUGGGAAUAUAGCACUUGAACAGGGCAAGGAUAUUGAUGAUGUUGUUGCACAAGGACCAGGACUGGUGUUCAUGGUUUAUCCGCAAGCCCUGGCCAAGAUGCCAUAUGCAUCCCUGUGGGCGAUCCUGUUUUUCUUCAUGUUACUGAUCCUUGGCCUUGACUCUCAGUUUGCUACUGUGGAGGUUAUAAUUACAUCUCUCCAAGAUGGUUUUCCAAGAUGGAUUCAGAAGUAUUUGAGACGUCAUGAAGUUUUGGUCUUGGUCGUCUGCUUUAUUUCUUUCCUAAUUGGUCUGCCAAAUGUAAUGCAGGGUGGCAUCUACUUUUUCCAACUAAUUGACUACUACGCUGCAGCUGUAUCUCUUAUGUACUUGGCCUUCUUUGAAGUGAUUGGUGUGGUUUGGGUGUAUGGGGCUGGCAGAUUGUCCAGAAAUCUUCGGGAAAUGACUGGAAAACAACCUUCACUCUAUUUCCGCUUCUGUUGGUAUGCUGCGGCUCCGGUGUUGAUAUUUGCAAUUUGGAUAUUCUCGAUUGUGGACUACAAGGAACCAACAUACAAUAAAGGGGAAUACAAGUAUCCAGGAUGGGCAAUUGGCAUAGGAUGGAUAAUUGCUUCAUGUUCCAUUCUGCCAAUUCCCAUUUUUGCUGUGAUAGCAAUUAUUAAAGCCAAAGGAUCUAAUAUCUGGGAGAAAAUGCGGAAUUCAAUUCGUUCUCAAAUUGAGGAGUGCCCAUGUUGUGGACGCACCACCAACUGCUUGGAUGAAGCUCACAAUGCUGGAGAGGAAUAUGUGGACCGCCAGGUGAAGCUGGUGGUGUACAACCCAUCUAUGGCCAAUGGGGAUGCUAAGUCUGUUCAAGCUACUGCUGAGAAAGGAGAAGAAAAUGAAAACAAGGAGAAGGAAAAGAGUGUUGCAUGAAAAAAAAUCCUAUAGCAGCUCUUUGCCUCAUAUGCUGAUGGCUGAAUAUACUUAUACUAUUGGGACCAAGCAUAUUUAUCCUGAGAGGGCAAAGCCCACUUAAAGUGCCUUUUAUGAAUGUUUUUAUUAAUAUUGUAUUAUCACAUUUUCAGAUUAAAGCAAAAAGAUAUCAGCCCAUGUUAUAUAAGGUCUCUAUUAGUGUUAAAAUCCUUUAGAAAGAGGAAAGAUUUUUUAUUAUCAAACGACAAUGUAUUCUUGCGACAUUUUUCUGUCUUUUUGAACAGGAGGAUUAAUGAUAGCUGUGAGGGCAGAAUUAGUAUUCAGAUAUUAAUUGGAAGUAUUUAUUGAAGUAAACUCUAAUGCAUUUCAAAGUAUUAAUAAAAAAGUAUUAAUGCAUUUCCUACAAACACACAAAAUAGUUAAGAGGCAGCUUCUUGGUGUGAUUUUCAUUCCUGGUUAAAAUGUUUAUAUUUAUAUACAAAGCACAAAAGCACAUUUUAGAAUUGCAUUAUAGAAGAAUAUAGCAAUAUUUGUCCAGUGAUGUAAGUAUGUAAUAUCCUGUUUGUUUUUAUCCAUUUUACCUUGGGAAGGUAAUUUUUAUUUAAUCUCCCUUGAAGGGGGUCUAGAAAAGAUUAUAUUCUUAUUUUCACAUAAAAAGUGGACCAUUUUAUAUUUUUCCUAAAUGCAUCAAUGACAUAAGUAUUUAUUUUACACAUAUCUAGUUGGGGCCACAUUUUCCUCAACCAAAUUAUUUACUAAGCUAAUGAAUGAUAAUACCUAUCCUGUAUGUCUAAAGACAGGUUGUUAAGGAAAUUUCUCAUUUUAAGAAAUUAUAACUAUUCACACAAAAUAGAAUUUAAACAGAUGUCAUAAUUUAAAGAGAAGUUUUAGGAACCCACUUUUUCUCUCAUUUCUGUUAUUGAUUGAUAACUUCAGAAUUAACUCUUCCAAUAUCAGGAAGAAACAUGUUUUAAAUUGUAGACUAUUACUGAGAUGAAUGGUAGUUAUUUUUGACACUUGAAAUAAUAAUAGUUAACGUGUAAGUACAUUUUCCCCAGUUUAUUACUUUACCUAUAAAACCGAAUAUUAUUGAAAGUUGUGAAGCCAAAAAAACAAUUUGAUGAAUGCAGUAUUGAUAUUUGAAGGGAAGUUUGCUGAAGUUCAGACAGUGUAAUCAAGGUCUUUUUAGCAAUCUGUAAAUACUCAGAAAUUAUAUGCAUGAGGAAUAUUAAAAUAUAUUUUAAAGUUAUUGUGAUUAUAAGAUUUCUUUUUUUUUACAUCUCACUCCUUUUUCUGUACUGAUUUUUUUAUUAUUAGAAAGAAUGAACUGUAUAUGUCUGUUUCUAAAAUGUUAUAGUCAAGUGCUGUAGAUCACAUAAUUGCAAAACAACAGAACUAUAAAAAUAGAAAGAUAAUACAGGAUACACUGGGGAUUUUCUUGAUUAGUAAUUUCCAAAAUCAAUCACUUCGGUCUCAGAUAUAUUUAUCAUUAAGACAUGUAGUGUAUUCCCUGUAAGUUAUAGAAUGAGGUCAGAGUAUUACAAUAUUACAAUAUUUUAAGUAAUAAUUUAUAACUGGCUGGUCAUUAAUCUACUCCAAGAUGUCCUGGUAUUUAAAGGUAUGCAAGAUUAUUCUCCACUUUACAGAUUACAAAUUCAUUUCAUAUGUAGGUGAUAUUUUUGGCUUAUUUUUUCUCUAUGUUGCUAGGUGUUGAGAGAGAAUAUAAGCUCCUGAUAAACUUUUUAUAGCACUGCACUUCCUUAUGUUUCCCUGUUUGACAAUAUGGCACUCAUUCACAGUGAAUAUGUAUGAAAGUAUGAGUAUGUUUCUGAUAGAUCUCCAAGUUAUAUUACUUAGGUAAGAGAAACGACUUUAAUUUUUGACUUAGGCUCAUCUACAUAUAUAUAGUAAGGAGCUUUGUAAAAACAAUCCCCACUGGAAAAGUUAUUAAAGUUACAUAUUCUGUUUUGUUACUUUAUAACAUAUUAAAAUGAUUUUUUUUUUUUUAUAAUUCUUGUUGGAUAGGUAUUACACUCAUGUGAAUUUGUUGUUAAUUAUGUGAAGGCAUUAGUACCUUGUAACUAUGUGAAAGAUGUAAUCAUUUAUUGCAUACUUUGGUAACCCAUAUGAUGGGUUAGGGAUGCUUUCAAUGUACCAUGGAUCAUUUAGUAUCACGCAGGUGAUAUUCAUUUUGUAUAUAAUCAUCAAAUUAUAAGGUAAUACUAUCUACUCAUAUUUACAAUUAGAAAUGCACAAGACAAAUGUGGUAUUAAAGCAAGUAUUAUCAUUAUAAUUCUUUUUCCUUUGCCAAGAAAUAUAUUAUCACUUUGA